UAAUCCCGCCCCUUGUACACCCCCCCACCCCCACACCGGGCCGUGUUUAUAAAAGGAGGAGGCCGCCGCUGUUGGUGAGGCAGUUGCGGCACUGCGUUCUGGCGAAGGAAAUUCAGCUGCCGACUCAGCCUGACCACAUCUACGUUUUAAAGAGUAGCAAUCAACAAACAUAACAAAAAAAUACAACUUUUUAUACCAUUGAAGACCAAUAUAUAACAAAAUAUAGAAUAUUUCUAGGAAAACUUCUUUACACACGACAGAAGAACAAACUUUACAAGUCAAAACAAUAGUUCAUUGUUUAGUUGCGUGGGGUGAGCCGCGGUCAUGGCAGAAGCCCACCAGGCUGUGGCCUUCCAGUUCACGGUGACCCCGGAUGGCAUCGACUUGCGGCUUUGCCAUGAGGCGCUCAAGCAGGUGUGGCUAUCGGGGGCUCGCAACUGGAGGCGCCGCGUCACCUCCAUCAAGGACUCGGUCUACCAGACUGCCUAUUUCGUCUCGUCUAUACUGUGUUCAACCACCGUACUGCAGAAUACCGUGUUGACAGGGCUCUACCCUGUGCACCCAUCAAGCUGGAUGGUGGUCGCCGUCGGCACGGUGGGGAGUGUGUACCUGCGCGUGGACCCCUCGAUGGGACUCAUCGCCCGGAUCCGAGAUGCCCUCCCCAACGGUGGCCUCAUCUCGCCACACAACAAGGAGAUGCUGAGCGCGGUGCUGUUUGCUUCGGGCCUGUGGGGAGCCAUCAUCCUCACCAUGCGCUACACACUCAAGGGUCUGCUCACCUACCAUGGCUGGAUGUUCCAGCCCCACGGACGCAUCUCCCACGCCACCAAACUGUGGAUUCUGAUGGUGAAGAUCUUCUCCGGUCGCAACCCUCAGCUUUACAGUUUCCAGUCGUCGCUGCCCAGGCUGCCCGUGCCGUCUGUCCACGACACCAUGAGUCGCUACCUGGAGUCGGUGCAACCUCUCUUGGACGAAAAGAAAUUCCAGCGCAUGGAGGGACUCGCGCGCGACUUUGAGAAGAACCUGGGCCCCAAGCUGCAGUGGUACCUGAAGCUUAAGUCGUGGUGGGCCUCAAACUACGUCAGCGACUGGUGGGAAGAAUACAUCUACCUGCGUGGGCGUGGACCCAUCAUGGUCAACAGCAACUACUACGCCACGGAUUUUCUCUACGUGAAGCCCACGACGGUGCAGGCUGCUCGUGCGGCAAACGUCAUUCACGCCAUGAUGCUGUACCGCAGGAUGCUGGACCGCGAGGAGGUUAAGCCGAUGAUGGUGCAAGGAGCCAUUCCAAUGUGCUCGGCACAGUACGAGCGCAUGUUCAACACUACACGGAUACCUGGCAUUGAGACAGACGUGCUCGAGCACAGAAACGACAGCAAGCACAUGUGCGUGUACCACGCUGGCCGCUUCUACAAGGUCUGGCUCUACUUGGGCGGGCAGCUGCUGGGCCCGCGCGCUCUGCAGGAGAUGCUGCAGCACAUUCUGGAUGACCCCUCGCCCCCGCAGCCCGGAGAGCACCACCUGGCCGCCCUCACCGCGGGAGAACGUAUCCCGUGGGCAAAGGCUCGCUCAAGCUACUUUUCAGAGGGUCGCAACUUCACGGCGCUGCAAGCGGUGGAGAAAGCGGCUUUCUUCAUCACACUGGACGACACGGAACAGGGUUACCGGGGUGACAGCACGGGGUCGCUUGACGCCUACUGCAAGUCACUGCUGCAUGGAAAAUGCUACGACCGGUGGUUUGACAAGUCCUUCACGGUCAUCGUGUUCAAGAACGGCCGCAUUGGGCUCAACGCGGAGCACUCGUGGGCCGACGCACCCAUCAUGGGCCACCUCUGGGAGUAUGUGCUCGCCACAGACACGUUCAAGUUGGGCUACACGGACGAAGGGAACUGCCGAGGGGAGGUGGGAACCCUGCCGCCCGUACAGCGCUUGCAGUGGGACAUACCAGCUGAGUGCCAGACAGUGAUCGAAAACUCGCUGGCGGUGGCACAAGCGCUUGCGGAUGACGUCGACUUCCACAUGUUUCCAUUCCACGAGUUUGGCAAGGGCCUCAUCAAGAAGUGCCGCACGAGCCCCGAUGCCUUCAUCCAGCUGGCACUGCAGCUGGCACACUUCCGGGACAAGGGCUGCUUCUGCCUGACGUACGAGGCGUCCAUGACUCGCCUCUUCAAGGAGGGCCGCACGGAGACCGUGCGCUCGUGCACGGUGGAGUCCACCAAGUUUGCCCGCGCCAUGCAGGAUCCCUCCUGCACGAAGGAGGACCGCCUGGCUCUCUUCCGUCAAGGAUCCGAGAAGCACCAGAGCAUGUACCGGCUCGCCAUGACGGGCGGCGGCAUCGACCGCCACCUCUUCUGUCUCUACCUCGUCUCCAAGUACCUCGGGCAGGACUCUCCCUUCCUCAAGGAGGUUCUGUCGGAGCCGUGGCGCCUUUCCACCAGUCAGACGCCACAGCAGCAGAUGGAACUGUUUGACCUGAACAAGUUCCCUGACCACGUGUCAUCUGGGGGAGGUUUUGGACCUGUGGCGGAUGAUGGUUAUGGCGUGUCGUACAUCAUCCUCGGCGAGAAGCUCAUCAACUUCCACAUCUCCAGCAAAAAAUCCAGCCCUGAGACGGACUCUCACCGUUUCGGGGGGGCCAUCAAGCAGGCGAUGCUCGACAUCCUGGCGCUGUUUGGGCUGGAGAAGAGCAUUUCAAACCACAACCAGAACAACCACGUCAAGAGCUGAGCUGCCACCACUGCCGCUGUGGUA